AUAUUAUUGUUUAUGUGAUGUGAAAUCAAAAAUUGUCUGCCAAUUAUUUUCUAAUCAUUUUAAUUUGUUUUACCAUUUUUAAUUGAAAAUUUUGUAAAUUGUUUAGUAGCUCAAGAUCUUCCGUCCCGUCUUGCCUUUAAUUCAAGUGCACUGAGUAUUGAGUAUUUGCUUGGGAAUUGAACUGAUGCAAUUGAAUGUUUUAUGGUGAAAUUUUAUGCUAAAUUAUAUAAGGAUUAGUCUUUUUUAUCUAUUGGAUUCCAUUGAUUAAGCUGUUUAUGUCUGCUUGGUUAAUUGAGGAAUGGAUCAACCAUCAGAAUUGUAUAUUUACAGAUUUUUGGUUUAAAUUGGGUUUAGCUAUCUGGCUCAAACUGAUAAUUUAAGAUGGAGCCACAUAACGUAAAUUGAUCUAAAUCCUCCUCUUCUCCAUAUCACUUGCAUUAUCUUGUUGGCGUUUCUGGUUAACAUCAAUUGUUUUGCAUGAUUCACAGAAUUAACUUUAAGCAAGAUCGCUUCAUAUCAUUAACGUCAGAUCCAAAAGAUCAACGGUUAUUGAAUAAUUUUGAGGUUGAAUCGAAGCGAUUUGAGACAAAGACUACCAUGGAAGAGAUUGACGAUUCAAAGUCUGUAGACGAAGGACCAACAAUUGGUGUUUUGGAACCAGAAAUGUUUGCUGGUGUUGAAACUAUUGUUGUACCAUCGGAACCUGAUUUGACCAACUAUAAUUCAGUUGAAAUGUCUUCGAUUGGUGAAGAAAAGACCAAGUUUCAAUUUUCGGGCAACAACAAUGUUUCUUUUCACCGGAGAUUCCCUCAAAUUGAUCCUCAAGAAAAUUUGAUUGAUUAUUAUUCUUGUGCUCUUCAAGCAGACAUACUUCUCCAAGGCCAUCUUUAUAUCACCGAAAACUAUUUUGCAUUCUAUUCAAACAUCUUGGGACUCUACAAGACUAAAAUUUUGAUUCCAGUUUGUGAAGUUCUCGAUAUUACUAAGGAGAAAACAGCCAUUAUUAUUCCAAAUGCUGUUGGAAUUGAGACUCACGAAGGAAAAUACGUAUUUGCCUCGCUUUUAUCUCGAGAGACAACCUAUCGAUUGAUGGUUGAAGUCUGGAAAAAUACUAUCUCGCGAGAUUCUUUUCAGAUGGACACCUUUCCAUAUGACCGAUUAAGAACCGUCCAAGGAGGUACAACCGACAAUUCAAGUCCAUCAACACCAACCACGGAAGAAGCUUUAAAAUCCCUGUUACCCGAAGUUAAAAGUGAUUCCGGACUAUCAGUAGCAACCUUAAAACCUCUUGAUUUAGAAAUAGUUGCUAAAUCAGCUUCAAUUAAAUCCAACAAGUUGGUUAGACGGUCAAAAGUGACAAGACCAGGUUUUCAAAACUGUAGUGAUACAAGCACCCCGGAGACGGCCAGUGAUCUAGAUUAUGCCCAAGAUGAGGAUCAAGUCAAUGGCGAUAGAAUCAGCAGUAGAAUGAGCAAUUCAAAAGAAAAGGCCCAACGGAAAAGUAAAUCAGCAUUUAAGGUUAAUAGCCAUGAAAAUGAGAGCAAAAAGCGUACAUUGGUAUUUGAAAGUUGGAAGCGAUUAUCUUUACUGAUUAAAUCUUUUCGAGAUAAACUCAAAAGUGACUUUAAAUUACCUUUUCUCCAUAUUGCAAUAAUUAUCUUGCUGACAUAUCUAUUAAUAUCGACUGUUUGCAUGAUCCAUAGAAUUAACUUAUUACAAGAACUGUUUGAUUCAUUAACAUCAAAUCCAAAAGCUCAACGGAUAUUGGAUAAUUUACAGGUUGAACAGAUACGAAUUGAUUUGAGUGCAAACAUGGUUAAAAUGGAUGACCUAAAAUCUAGUCUGUUACAUUUAUUAGAUUCCGUCGAAAAAGUAUUCAAUUCCGAUUGUGCCAAUCCAAAAACUAAUAUGUUCAUGAAACCAUCUAUGCUCAAUACAUGCCCUGUAAAAAAUAGAUUAUAAUUGUAUUAAAAUUUAAGCUUAAAGUGUAACUUGAUAAAUAAUUUUGUUCAGGCAAUCAGCCAAGUAAAAUGCAAACACUUCAAUAACUUUUAUUGUAAAGUUUCGAUUAAAAAAUAAAGCUAACAAAAAUGUA